AUGAAUCCUGCACGAUCGUUUGGGCCAAACAUUGUGGCCACGAUAUUCAUGCACGAUAAACUUGAUGCUCAUUUCUGGUCAUUUCACUGGAUCUACUACGUCGGACCGGCGUUUGGUGCACUGUUCGCGGCGGGCCUGUACAGGGUGUUCUUCUCCAAAAGCGACCGAGCUGUUUGA